GAUAUGAAAUGUAACCAAUAAAAAAAGUAUCUCUUGCCAAGCGAUACUUGGUAACCAGAGUAGAAGACUGCACGCUUUUCACUCACAUAUUGCACCUCAAGAGGAAUACAACCUGAGCGUCGCGAGGAACUGCGUUACAACAAGGUUACUGAAGUGCAGUCAGAAAGAAAAACUGAGAAAUCUACACACGAUGGACUGCCGGACUGUGGCUAAUGAUACACAUUGCUCCAGUUUCGUGGUGGCAUCGAUGUCCGACGUCGUGGCAAGCUUUUUCAAGUGAAGGGACAGAGCGCAUAUAAUUUUAUUGACAGCGAAUGUCCACAGUAUUCAUAGCCAAUUCUUGCCCUUUGCAGUGCAAUUCCGGUGGUAUACGGAAGCAUCCCUAUACUGACACAAAUAAGAGGAAGGAUUACAGCUCCAGUGUUCAACAUAAAGGAGCCCACAUUGCAGCUCGACCAAUAGAUCUUAUUCAUCUUUUACAACGAAAUGGGAAAGGAUACCUUUGCUGCCUUAUAAGAUGUAUCCUCAACAUCGAGAAAGGGAGCAGCCAAUCUUCAGCGCCAGGGCCCAUGUGUUCCAGAUCGACCCAAACACCAAGAGGAACUGGAUCCCCGCCAGCAAGCAUGCCGUCACCGUCUCCUUCUUCUACGACGGCAACAGGAACGUGUACCGCAUCAUCAGCGUGGGUGGUACGAAGGCCAUCAUCAACUGCACCAUCACACCGAGCAUGACGUUCACCAGGACCUCACAGAAGUUCGGCCAGUGGGCGGACAGCAGGGCCAACACGGUCUACGGCCUGGGCUUCGCUACAGAGCAGCAGCUGCACCAGUUUUCUGAGCGGUUUAAGGAGGUGAAAGAGGCUGCCCGACUUGCACGUGAAAAGUCCCAGGAUAAGAUGGAGUUGGUCAACACUGCUCUCAGCAUCGCUGCCCCACAGGACCUCGGUGACGAGCUCCAGUCUCCGCCGGUGAUGUGUGUGAACGGUCCUGAGGACAAGAUGUUCCGCAGCCAAAGCGCAGACAUCGCACUGUCUUCUGAGAAGGAGCGUAUUAAAAAGAUGCUUUCUGAAGGGUCUAUCUGCGAGAUGAACCUGGAGGCAGAGCUCUUCACCCUGCAGGACAGCAACUCCAAGCUGGUGUCAGCGUUGCAUGAAGCUAAUAACAACGUGCAGCAGUGGAAGAAGCAGCUAGCUGCCUACCAGGAAGAGACGGAGAGGCUACGAGACCAGGUGGCUGAUCUGGAAGCACAUGGCGGCCACGGUCCUAGUGACAUGCUAAAGGACGAGCUGACUCGGUCUCUGGAGGAACUGGAGGCCCUGCUCAAGGCUAAAGACGAGGAAAUCCACAUUCUGCAGAACAAGAAAUCCGAAUACCAUGAGAUGGAGCAGGAGAGAGAAGAAGCCAUACAUAGAUUACAGGAGAUGGAGAUGCGUAACCUGGAGCUGGAGCGGCGGGUGCAGAAUGCCGAGCAGAACCUGGCCGCCUCCCUAGAGGAGCGGGACCGCACAGAGAGUGAGGUGCAGAGGGCCAUCGAGAUCCUGGACAUCAAGCUCUUUGACCUGAACGACCUCCGGCAGAGCCUUGUCAAGCUGAUUGACAAAUGAUGCUAAAGAGGAAGGGUCUGUUGGGGACGGCCAAUGCAAAGAGAGGAAGAAAGAGAUGGAGCUGGUCCUCUCCUGCUGUAAAGCACAACACCGCCUCUGCUGUGGGAAGAUUACUGCAUCGCUGUACUGUACUUUCCAGCUUGUUAAGCAAUAUGUUGUGGUGUUACCGAGGCAGUGUUUCCCAACCCAGGUCCUCCAUUGUACAUUUUUAUUGUAACCUGGACAAGCACACCUGAUUCAACUUGUCAACUAAUCAUCAAGCCCUCACUUAGUUGAAUUAGGUGUGUUUGUCAAGGGCUACAACAAAACUGUGUCCUGUUGGGGAUACUGGAGAACCAGGGUUGGGAAACACUGACCAAGGCAGUGUAUCUGCUGUGUCCGGUGUUGUGCUGCGCUUCAUGUUGCUUUCUUAAGCAACAUUCAAGGCAAUAGUCUUAAGUGCUAGGCUGUUUAUUUGCGAUUAAGAAUAUUGUCAAGAAUGAGAACAAUGACAUCAUUAGGUGCUUGUAGAGUUUGAAUUCAACUGAUUUUAUACAAAUUUGGUAAUAUAAUGGUAUAAUGAGCAAUGUGGAUUAUCUAUUUUAAUUUUCCAGUGAGGAGUUUAUUUUUUGGGGGGAGAGAUCUCAGUGCAACCAUGUAUGUGGAAAGGAGCAUUACAUGACGCAAAUGAACAUUUUUUUUUAAAUGUGGCUGACAGAAUUCACAUCAAAUUAUCAUACAACUCAAGAUAAUUGGUAUUCAAUAACAAGAAAGUAAAGAAUUAGCCUUAUCAAAAUAUUCAGUUUUUUAUACAUCUGAGCAAAGUUAGUGUCACAGAGACCAAAAGAUAUGCCUCUGUAAUAAUCUCGAGACAUCAAUAUGAUUAACGUAGUGAGGGCUCGAUUCAAUCCGUAACACUGAAGAUCUGCGCUGUAGCGCCAUUGAAAUGUACUUCUCCUUUCAAUUUCUAUUGCGCUCGUAGCGCAGAUCUUCAGCACUACAGAUUGUUAGUCUUUAUUUAACCUGUGAUAUGUUAACAACUCAUGUCUGAUAACUGUAUACUUAAAAAAAAAAAAUGCAUGUGAAGUGCUCUGAGCGAUAAACAAUCUGUAAAGAAACAUGUUUAUUGACAGAAACGUCAGAUGUGUCCGUGUUACGGGUACCAGUUGUAAAUAUAUAACUUUAUUGGUACUAUGGCAUGCUGGUAAUAGUGUGAUGUAUGAGGCAUGGGAGGGUAACUUGUGAAUAUGUUCCAAUAAGAACUAAAAGGCACCAAAGAGAGUUGAGUUCUCAAAGUAAGAGCUUUCAAAAGCUUGACUCAACAGAUUCUCAUUUGUGUUUAUAGAAUGUUAAAUUAGCGCUAGAUUAGUCCUGAUAAUUAGGUAGAUGAUUUAGAUGAGCGAUAAGAUUUAAGACAUUUAAGUUUGCUCUUGCAAUAAGUCAAUGUUAAAUUAAGACUUCUCAAAGAGCCAUUGUCUCUAGCCAGAUUGUCUAAUAAUUGAUAUAAAAAUAUAAUCCGUUCAAUCCAUAGCACUGAAAAUCUGCGCUAUAACGCUGUAUGUCGGCACAAUCGGAAAUUACCUUCAAAAUUUAAAUCAUAAAUGCUAAAGCGCUACGGAUUGAACUGAGCUCUUCAUUCAUGAGGUUUACGUAAAUAUAACUAUCUUUGAGACUUGAAUGAAUGCAUUUGAUCAGCUCUUAUUUCCCUCCAGCAUAUGUAAUCAUUAAGAGCAGUAGAAGGGGCUUGAUGUUCAUCUUAUAGGAGACAAUGCUAUAGGCCUUGUAAGUGGUUGUAUGUAUUUGCAUUUACUGUAAAAAAAAAAAGAUCUGUGAUGAAAUUGCAAGUUUCAUUGCACAAAUGAUAUUUAGAUUAAGGCACUCCAGUGAAGUGGAGCAAAAUGUUAUUUUUCAUGAACCUUUGUUCAACAGAAACUGUCUAAAAA